CCUUCAACGCAGACAGACUUUGACAGCAACAGUUUGUUCACGAUGCUGCUCGCAGCUGUUUUCUGUUUGUUUGCAUCCUCUGUGAAGAUUGUCUCAGGCGCAGAUUGGUGCUACCAGUCUCAAGUUUCAUGCAAUUACACCUGCACAGGUCCAGAAGUGUGGGCAGCGGUUUCAGAGGACUGCAGCGGCAGAUCACAGUCUCCAGUUAACAUAAUGACAAAGAAAAUACUCCUGGAUGAACGCCUGACCUCUUUUGAACUCAUCGGCUAUCAAGAAACUUUUCAUGGUCGCCUUACAAACAACGGUCACACCGUUCAACUGGAUUUGCCCGCCACUAUGAGAAUCAAAGGAGGAAAUCUGCCUACAACAUACAAGGCACUUCAAGUUCACCUGCAUUGGGGCAAAAAUGGAGGACCAGGGUCUGAACACACGAUUGAUGGAGAACAAUUUCCAAUGGAGAUGCACAUCGUCCACAUAAAAGAGGAGUAUGAGUCUUUAUCCCAGGCUGUAAGAGACCGCACAGGCGUGGCUGUUCUUGGUUUUUUCUUUCAGGAGUCCAAGUCUGCAAAUAAGAAAUUUGAUCCGUUGAUAAAUGCUCUGAAGUAUAUCACAGAACCAAACAACAGCACGACACUGACGGGAGUGUCCCUGGAAAUGUUCAUUCCUCACAAGGACAAUAUGACCAAGUACUUUCGCUAUGAUGGCUCUCUGACUACACCUAACUGUGCUGAAGCUGUCGUCUGGAGUGUGUUUGAAAACACCAUUCCUCUCAGCAGGGAUCAGCUCACUGCGUUCUCCCAGCUUCUGUAUCCUGAUGGAAAGCAGAUGGUCAACACCUACAGACCAGUGCAGCCCAUGAAUGCACGGCAGGUGUAUUACUCCGGUGGCCACGUUGCUCUGGUUAGCACUGUGUUACUCUUCGUGUCAGUGCUGGUAUCCAGUGCACUCUCUCUGCACACUGCAGGAUGAAAGCUUCAUGUUUUAUUUACUCAGCCUUUAUGAACAAUUGAUGAUUGUCACAUAUAAUGAACUGUA